AAGUGCGUCUUGCUCAAACCAUCGGGCGGAUGGGUGGAGGGUAUUUUCCCGGCGAAUUCUCGCGGCGGAGAGCGCUCGAGGGAUUCCUGGCUGCCCUCCGUCGAGGUCUUCUCCUGAAUCCCUAGUUUUCUAACCCUAGCUUGCGGCCAGUUCGGUUCUUUUUGACGCCGGCAAUGGAUCUUUCGACCAAGCUCCAGACCCUGGACCUCCGAUCAGGAUUCCUCUCUGGAUCGCCCCUUUUGGACGCUGGAAAGGCGAGAAUCCUGCCGCGGGCUUGUCCCUCCUCGGUUUCUCCCGCUCUAAGUAGGCGAGUUGGCGUGUCAUUUGUGAAAAAGACCGGCUUUACUAACCCUAGGAUCAGAAAGCUUGGCGUUUCGGUCAGGGCCGCCGUGGAUACGGCCAUCGUGGAUUCUGACACCACCGCCGACCUCGAAUCCCUCUUCUCUGAGAGCGCCGUCGAGGACGCGUCGGCGAGGCAAGGAAGGAAGAGGUCGAGCACCGGGGCGUCGAGCGUCUCGUCGGGUGUUAGAUUAGAGAACAUCAGUAAAACCUUCAAAGGUGUGACCUUGCUAAAGGACGUCACCUGGGAAGUGAAGAAAGGGGAGAAGGUUGGGUUGGUUGGCGUGAAUGGCGCAGGCAAAACAACCCAGCUGAGGAUAAUUGCUGGAUUGGAGGAGCCUGACACCGGGAAUGUGGUCAAGGCAAAGGAGAACAUGAAGAUUGCGUUCUUGAGCCAGGAGUUUGAGGUUUGCCCAAGCAGGACAGUGAACGAGGAGUUCUUGAAUGCUUUCAAGGAGGAGAUGGAUAUUGCAGAGAGGUUGGACAAGGUGCAAAGAGCAUUGGAAAGUUCUGUAGAGGACCUAAGCUUGAUGGGAAGGCUGCUGGAUGAGUUGGACUUGCUUCAGAGAAGGGCACAAGAUCUAGACCUAGACGAGGUGGAUGUAAAAAUUAGUAAGUUGAUGCCUGAGCUUGGUUUUGCACCAGAAGAUUCUGAUCGGUCGGUAGCCUCAUUCAGCAGCGGUUGGCAGAUGAGAAUGUCACUUGGGAAAAUUAUACUUCAGGACCCUGACUUACUGCUUCUUGAUGAGCCAACUAAUCACCUUGAUCUGGACACAAUUGAGUGGCUGGAAGGCUAUCUUAAUAAGCAAGAUGUGCCAAUGGUUAUUAUAUCACAUGACAGAGCUUUCCUCGAUCAAUUGUGCACCAAAAUUGUAGAAACUGAUAUGGGAGUGUCCAGGACAUUUAUGGGUAACUAUUCUGAGUAUGUGCUAGCAAAAGCAGCAUGGGUGGAAGCCCAAUAUGCAGCAUGGGAAAAGCAACAGAAGGAGAUUGAGCAUACAAAAGACUUAAUAAAUAGAUUAGGAGCUGGAGUUAAUGCUGGACGUGCAUCCAGUGAAGAAAAGAAAUUGGAGAAACUUCAAGGAGAAGGACAAGUUGAGAAGCCUUUUCAGAGAAAGCAGUUGAAAAUUAGAUUCCCUGAGCGCGGAAGAAGUGGGAGAACAGUCUUAACAAUUAAGAAUCUAAAUUAUGGAUAUGAUGAUAAGCAGGUGUUGUUUAAAAGGGCAAAUCUUUUAGUUGAGAGAGGUGAGAAAAUAGCCAUUAUUGGGCCGAAUGGAUGCGGAAAGAGUACUUUGCUUAAACUAAUUAUGGGAUUGGAGAAGCCUCAAGGGGGUGAUGUUCUGCUUGGGGAGCAUAAUGUGUUGCCAAAUUAUUUUGAACAAAACCAGGCAGAAGCACUUGAUCUGGAGAAAACCGUGCUAGAAACAGUUGAAGAAGCUGCAGAGGAUUGGAGAAUUGAUGAUAUAAAAGGUCUCCUUGGCCGUUGUAACUUCAAAUCGGACAUGCUUGAUAGAAAGGUUUCUCUUUUGAGUGGUGGAGAAAAGGCACGACUUGCUUUUUGCAAAUUUAUGGUGAAGCCAUCGACUCUUUUAGUUUUGGAUGAACCAACCAACCAUUUGGAUAUACCAUCAAAAGAGAUGCUAGAGGAAGCUAUAUCAGAGUACCAGGGGACUGUCAUUACUGUUUCUCACGAUCGUUACUUCAUCAGACAGAUAGUCAAUAGAGUAGUAGAGGUGAAAGAUGGAAGUCUUCAAGACUAUGCAGGCGAUUAUAAUUAUUAUCUAGAAAAUAACCUUGAGGCUAGAGAAAGAGAACUGGAGCGUGAGGCCGAGCUGGAAGAAAAGGCUCCAAAGAUAAAAGCCAAGUCUAAGAUGUCGAAGGAGGAGAAAGAAGCCAGAAAGAAGCAAAAAAUGUUGGCUUUUCAGCAAGCGAAAGCAAAAUCUAAAGGACUGAAGAAUGCAAAGCGCUGGAAGUAGAAGAAUGCAAAGCACUAGAAGUCAAAGACUGCAGCACUCAGAAGAAUGAUGCAUGGUGCUCAUAUGAUGAUGUCAUACGUAUUUAUGCAUAACAAAAUCUCAACACUGUAAUUAAAGAUGUACAUAAUACAGACACUUCCAGUGAAGUACAUACAUGACUUGGGGGCUAAUUACUAGUUGCCCUGGGUAGAAUUUCAA